UCUGUGAAAUCUGAGUAUUUUGUGGAGUAUGAGAAUGACUUUUUGGGGAUUGUGAAGCAGCUGGAGGAGGUAGUUGGGCAAGGGGGGUUUGAUGAGUAUACGUUGGAGAGUGUUGAAGCUGAUAUUGAUAAGUGUAAAUAAGUGUAUUGCUCAGAUGGAGAUGGAAAUGAAAUUUAAUAAUCCUGCAGCGAAGAAACAGCUCAAAAGGUAUGUAGAUCAGUAUAAAUUACAAUUCUCAGAGAUAAAGAAUAAGAUAUAUCAGCAACAAGAAUCCUUCAUGGAAGAAAUAGAUACUAAAAAUAGCUUCACUUCAAGAGAGGAUCAUGAAGAAUAUAAUCCAGAAGCCCAAAAUUUGCUUAACAUUCAUGGAGAAAUGGCUAACCAAGAGAAUGAUUUGGUUAGGGCAAGAACGCUUGGCCAUGAAAGUCUAAAGGUAGGGAGCCAGCUUAAAAGUACACUCCAAAAACAGACUGGAAGACUUGAACAUAACCUCUACAAAAAUGAUAAAAUUAGGCGAGAGUUAAAAUUAUCAGAUAGAAUGAUGAGGUACAUGAAAUGAGCAUCGGUCUGAGACAGGAUAAUGUUAUCGCUCAUCAUUCUGAUGCUUGGAGUUGUAAAUGCAGUCCUCCUGUAUUCCAAAGUAAUGGGAAAAUAAAUUAUCUCAAUGAAUAAUUGGUGUGAA